AUCGUGCUGCUCACCUUCAUCUCCGCCGUUAUACUGAUGGCCGUCCUGGGGAACCUGCUGGUGAUGGUGGCCGUGUGCCGGGACAGGCAGCUCAGGAAAAUCAAGACCAAUUAUUUUAUUGUUUCCCUUGCCUUUGCGGACCUGCUGGUGUCAGUGCUGGUGAUGCCGUUUGGAGCCAUCGAGUUGGUUCAGGACAACUGGAUCUAUGGAGAGAUGUUCUGCCUGGUCCGAACGUCCCUCGACGUCCUGCUCACCACGGCAUCCAUCCUGCACCUGUGCUGCAUCUCGCUGGACAG